UUGGUCCCUCCGGUCUUGUCUUGUCUUAUUUAUAUAGGUAGUCUUAUUAGGUCUUAUCACAGUUAUCACUUUUUCAGGCGGGCGCAGAAUCCGUAAUCCGUAAUGUAUCUUCUGCGUAUUAGAUUUUAGCCGGUAUAGAAUUUAGCUUUACUGCGUCUUCUUUUCAAUAGAAUAGUUUUACUUUUCAGUGGAUGAAUAAUUCAUUCAAUUAUUCAUAUCAAGUUGUAUUCAGUGUUGAAUAAUUCGUGUUUGUGGUUGUGAUCAUAUUUGCGGUGUUUCAUAUUGCAAAUUGUUUCUUUGAAGUCAUUACAUAACUAUCUAUCACUGCAACAAUCAAGAUUCGUUGAUUUUCUCAACUGGGACAAAACUUUAAAAUGGAUCUUCAAAAAUACUUUCAUGAGUGGAAAUUCAAAGACGAUUUCAUUGAACAAAUUGAAACUUUUGCCGCCUGGAGAGGUUCAAGUCUUAAUGAAAAUGCAAUUAGAGCCCUUGACACUUCUAAUGUAAUAUGCUCGGCCCAGAAUGUCCUUAUCAUGACAAAGAACCAUGAAGUUUAUGCAGUUGGUGGUAUAAUCAAAUCCUGGAGCUAUAAAUGGUGCAGAAAACCAAAACCACCGAUCUCCGAACCUAUGACUGACUAUUAUGAACCGGUGAAACUUUCUUUGUUAUCUGGCGAACGAAUUAAAAAAGUUGUGCAUACCUCAGACGUAGUUUUCAUUUGUACGGAGAAGGGCGAAGCUUUUGGUUAUGGAUUUCGUUUCUUUGGAUCAAUACCCGAAGGGGGUCCACAGAAAGUACGUUCACUUCUGGGACUGAAUGUGGUGGACAUCACCAUCGGGCCCUACAGCGUGCCCUACAGGCAACAUUUUGCUUUAUGUGAUGAUGGAAAGCUUUACAGGUUUGAAUUUUCCGGCGAAUGCGACCAAAAAAGAGAUCUGAUUGAUACCAGUACCCGAGCUGACAUCGUUUUGCCUCACUGAGGCUGCCUAUAUAUUUCAUUUGAGACAAAAAAGUCACCUCGUUGAGGCAAAAAACUGUGUGCAAAUUAGCGUGAAACUUUAGCGCCAUCUAUUGACAAAACUAAAGAGUAUGCCUUAUGCAUGGCAGGGGGUAAAUGCGAAGCAGAUAGCAAAUGCAUAGCUGGAACGUGUACCUAGCGUAACAAAAGAAAAGAUUCUUUUGUGACAGAAACAGAACUACAAAUAAUUGAAUGAACACAAAGAUGAAUGUCUAGGGUAGGGUAUAGAUAUCCAGGUGACUGUCUCUCAAAUGGUUAGUUUGGAUGCUGGUGGUAUCCUCCUCCCCGCUUCAUUGAUUCUCAUAGGUAAGGGAUGAAAGUCAACUACAUUUACAGGAGUACACCACUAGUGCAGGUUUAGAGAUAGCUAUUAUACAAAGCAUAAAUGGCAAUCGAGCCUUGUUUAGGGAGAUAAUUUUUUUUCAUCAAUUUAGAAUAAUUUAUCCUCCCAAACAUAUGUAUCUGUAGCAAUUAAUUUUUCUAAUUUUUUGAGAUGUGUUUGAAUGGCAUGUGAUAUGUUAAUGAGGGUGGAAUAUUUUUUUGAAAAAUAAACUAGUCAAGUACCUAUUUAUGAAACAUUUCUAGCGAAAAUAUACUGCUAUUCAUAGGUAAGGUACCUACUAACAUUGCAAACACCAAACAUUAUUUUUUCGUCACAAAGUACCUAAUAAAGUAAGUAACAGGUGUAUUUUGUAAUCUAUGAAAACUGAAUAGGUACCUAGUACAUUUUUUUCUAAAAGUGCUUCACAUUUAAAAAAAACAAAAAAAAAAUACAUAAUUGCAUAGGUACCUAAGCAGAUACCCACACAAAUACCUAAUAAGAGGAAAAGAAAAGAUGAACAAUUUGGUGUUUGUGGCAAUCAAAUUUUCAGGAGUUUUUCAAUUUGAAAACAAUGUUUUCCAAAAUUUAGCCCCAAAAAAGUGUAAAAAAUGGGUGACUGGGUGACAAUUCUACUUAAAAAUUAAAAUUGCACAAAAUCCUCAAAAAAUGAUGGAGCUUUUGAAAUUUGCGUCAUUUAAUUCGUUGGAAUUUUUUUUUAGUCAGAAUGUCAGAAAAUGGUCAUUUUAAAUUUUACUAUUUGUCAGGGGAAUAAGUCUGAUGAAAUUAUAAAGUGCAAUAAAAAUCUGACGUUUCCAUUUCUGGGGUUAUUUUUAUUUUAUCUCAAACUAAACACUCAAUUUUUUCCCAUCAAAAUUAAUGUUUUUCGAGUUCCUAUCACACUGUAAAGACGAAUAGUAGGACUUUAUAGCUAUGCGUUCUUCAUUGUCAAUAGAGCGCCAUCUAACACUCGCGUAAGGUACUUAAAAAAAUCAGAUACCUGCGAGCUAAUUUGCAUAUUUUUGUCAUUAGUCUCAUAUAGGGCGAAAAAACGUCUCAAAUCGCAAAUAUAGGCAAAAAAAAAGUGCCUCAGUGAGGCAAAAUGUUAGCUCGGGUACAGUGGAUGCCAAACCACUGAAUAUAUUUCACUUGAGGGACAAUAAUUGGCUUGUUUUAUUAUUAGAGAAUGGAAAAGUAAUUAUUAUUUGAAUAAGAAAUUAAAAAUCAUGAGCCUAACAAGCAGUAUCUGCGAUGAAUUUGCGCAUGGAAUUUAAUUUUUCAGGUCAUGAAAAUAACUAUACUAGAUGACCCACGAUUUCGGCACGAUAACUCUAUCAGCGAACAAAAGGAUCGCUGCGAAAUAAUGAUUUUUCAAAAAGAUGGCGAUCUGAUUGAUCAUUGUAAAAUUGAAAAACUGAUUGGUGGAUAUGGACACGCGCUUGCUUUGGAUGAAUACGGUCGCUUGUUUCAGACAGGCCAUUAUUUCCUGAAAAAACCUUCUUAUAUAAAAUAUGAGCACUUCGAACUCAAUUCAUUCAUUACUGAAAAAAUUGUUGACAUUGCCGCUUGCAUGACACAGCAUCUUUCUGCUGCACUGACUGAAAGUGGCAAAAUAUACAUGUGGGGCAAAAGUCGAUCUGAAAUCAUCUAUCCUGAACCUGUGCUUACAGCAUACAAAUCUUUACAUGAAGUUUUCCUUUAUGAUGCGCCUGAUUCGUUGGAAACUUAUAGACCAAUACAUGUUGACGAGUUAUCAGCUGUAACUUCUGAACCAACCACCAAGCCAACCACUGAACCUCAUAUUAUGCCGAUUGAAAGCAGUAUGACAGAUACUCUACAUUCUCUAACCAAUUCGUGUGAAACAGAGUUCGCUGAUCCGGCGGAAACUUCCAAACCAAUAAAUGUUGACGAAUUGUCAGCUGUAGUAACUUCUGAACCAACCACUGAACUUCAUAUUAUGCCGAUUGAAAGCAAUAUGGCAGACACUCAACAUUCUCUAACCAAUUCGUUUGAAAAAGAGUUCGCUGAUCCGGCGGAAACUUCCAAACCAAUAAAUGUUGACGAAUUAUCAGCUAUAGUAACUUCUGAACCGCAUACUAUGCCAAUUGAAAGCAGUAUACCAGACACUCAACAUUCUCUAACCGAUUCGUUUAAAAAAGCAUUCAAUGAUCCGAAAUUCUGCGACCUGUUUGUUGUGGUGGAAGGUAAAACAAUUCCAGUCCAUAAAUCAAUAUUAGCAGUGCGAUGUGAACAUUUCACUGAAAUAUUCCAGAAACAUUGGCCAAUUGUAAAACCGAGUGUUCUAGAAAUUGAAGACGGCGAUUUCAAAACGUACAAAGCUUUCUUGGAAUAUUUAUACACGGACCAAAUCAAUGAUAAGUUAUCCUUCAACGAAAUAAUAAAAUUACUUUACCUGACUAAUAAAUAUAACGAGAAACCAUUGGCGGAGCGUUGUAUAUUGUUGAUACAGCCAAAUGUUACCAUCGAAAAUGUUGUAUCUUUAUACGAACAUCUACGUAGCUAUUUGUUAUGAAAGAAAAUACCAAAAUAGAAAACAUUCUUGUAAAGUUGAAGGAAUUUUGUGUGAAAUUUUGUGCUGACAAUUUUUUUGCGAUUGCAGCUUCAGACAAAUUUACCAAAUUAAAUGAAAAAAUAUCGAAAGAUUUAGUCGUGGAAAUUGGUAAACUUAAACUUGAAAAAUAAAAUAAAAUAAUAAAAUGUAUCAGUGAUGAGUGAAGUCAAAGUACAUAUAGGUACCUAUACGCAUCUAUUUCUCGUUGCAAACAUGUAUUUUCAACAAAAACCCGUCUUUGAUGUACCUACUCGAUAUUUUUGCACACCUUGUGGGUGUUUAUUCAUAGGUACCUAUUGCGGCGUAUUACCGCUCAAUGACUACAUUGUAUCAGUUGUGCUCUAUUCUUGGUGCUAUAAACCAUAUUUAUAUGUGUAUUUCAUCUAGUCAUCCUUGCAAAUAUUUUACUUAAUUAAUUAU